AUGGCCUCACCGUCGUCAUUCUCUUCCCGUUUUGAAGAGCUACCACCCUCGCCCACGUCGUCGACGCAUAGCUUUCAUUCGACCGACGACUUUGAUCAAUCAACACCAGAACCGCCACCACCCUCAACGUCAUCGACCACCACCGCUCGAGCUCAACCGAACCCAUCAACUCGGGAACAAGCCAAGCCGAGUACGAGCGAAGGAGAACCGUUGGGGCAAGAUGAGAAUGAUGAGGAAGACGACGACGACCCCGAUCAUGACCACGACGACUCGGUGUGGUGGACACCCUCCGAGCUGAGAGCAAGUUCCGGCUUACUAUUUCUUGAUGUGACUAUCGCUUCAGCCGCUUAUCAAGCCAAUCUCAUCCACAGGACAUCCUCGAUCGGUCAUCCACCUUCAAAACCCGGGGCAACACCCUGUUUGGCAAAGGCCAAUGGCAGGAAGCUCUGGACUGCUACCGAGAGGGGCUCGUCGAAUUGCCCGUGCGCACCAAGCCGGGCGUCAAGAUCGUCAAGGGCAAGCAAAAGGAAGAGCAAAAGCAAGGCGAGGAACAGUCAAACUCGGCGGAAAACAUUCUCGACGGUGUCGACAAGCUCAACCUCGAGGAAGAGCCGGUCACGGAAGCGGAGCAAGAAUCUGAUCCCGAAGAGGUCGAACUCGUCGAAUUGAGAUCCGUCUUGUUCGCCAAUGUGGCUGCAUGCUGCUUGAAGAUGGUCAGUGACGUCUGGAUUCCGAGUUUCAAAGCCUGAGCUUUGCGACCAACGAGAUAUCUUGUCCCACAGGAACGAUGGAAGGAAGCGGUCGAGGCCUGCGACGAAGGUGAAUGUUUCUGUAAGGGCUGGUCUCAGCUGACAUAAGCUCACCCUAUGUUCCAAUAAUCGCAUAGCACUCGAGGAGAAACCCAAAUACAUGAAGGCCCUCCACCGACGUGCACUCGCGAACGAGCAGCUCGGCACCUGGUCCUCGCUCACCUCGGCUCUGGAGGGUAAGCAUCCUACCAAAGCAUCGAACGAUCAAUCGCGAUAGGUACCAACACGGCUCUUCUUUUAUCCUACAGACUACACCGCCUUGUCCGCCCUUCCCGAUCUUUCACCCUCCUUCAAGCAGCAGAUCAAAUCUGCGCAAACGCGCUUGACCCCAUUAGCCAAGGCACAGCAAGAGAAAGAGCAGGCCGAGAUGAUGGGCAAGCUCAAGGAUCUGGGAAAUACUGUACUCGGUGAGUAAACCAGAUCCGGUUUGAAAGAGGGCUGCUGGAUUAAUGCUAAGGCCGAACUGGGAUGGCAUUCUCCUUCGCAGGCAAAUUCGGUCUGUCGACGGAGAACUUCAAAUUUGUCGAGCAGCCGGGUGGAGGAUACAGCAUGAACUUUCAGCGAUAA